AUGGUGGCUAGAUACGCCGCGCAAGACCUCUCAGACGCGGCACUGGGAGGUCCGAUUGGCCUGAAAGAUGGCUACUUUAUCGAUAAUUACGGGCGCACCGUCACGCUGCACGGCCUCAACAUCUCCGGGGCAAGCAAACUGCCCACGACGCCGAACGGCCUGUCUCAUCUCACUGACGGCUUCUUCGAGCACCGGACGGUGACCUUUAUUGGCAGGCCGUUUCCUCUUGAAGAUGCGCCGCUGCACUUCAGGCGAUUGCAGGCUUGGGGUUUGCCGCUUAUUCGUCUGCUCGUUACGUGGGAGUCGAUUGGACACUCCGGGCCGGACCCGGAUACGGAUGUGGAUUUGGAGUACAUCGACUACCUACGCCAACUCAUUGAGGUAAUGCCGAAAUAUGGUGUCAAGUGUUUCAUCUGCGCUCAUCAGGACGUGUGGAGCCGAUUCAGUGGCGGCAGCGGUGCACCUGGUUGGACAUUUGAGGUUGCUGGACUCGAUGUCGAGGCGUUCACUGAGACUGGUGCUGCGUAUGUGCAUGGGCAGGAUGAGCUGAGGAGAGCUACUGCACCUGUCAAUGAGAAGGAGCCGAGCGGUCCUUUUGUGUGGCCGUCUGGGUACCAGAAGAUUGCGGCGUCGACAAUGGCGACAUUAUUUUGGGCGGGCGAAGCUCUGGCGCCGAAGCUGCAAUGUCAGCGACCAAAGAAUGGCAGAGAGGAGCCUGUCUCGGCCCAGGAGUUUCUUCAAAGCGCCUUCAUCGAAGCCUUUGGCCGACUCGCGGAUGAAGUGGCUUGUCUCGAGGCAUGCGUUGGAUUCGAGCCGUUGAACGAGCCACAUCGAGGUCUCGUCAAUCUUCAUGGGUUCGACGGUUGGAACUACGAUACCGACUUGCAUAUCGGGUACUACCCUUCGUUGACACAAGCGCUCGCACUUGCCAGUGGCUACGCUCAAGAAGUGAAUUACUAUGUCAAGUCCUGGCCGUUCCCCACUCGCAUUUCUCACAAAACUAUUGUCGAUCCAAAGGGAAGAUCUGCUUGGUUGACUGCUAAGCCAAGUGCAUCGAACCCACAGAACUAUGGUCUCGGCGAGUGUGUAUGGCGCGCUCAUGGCGUGUGGGAAUGGGAUGAGGUAACCAAGAGCCCAAAGGUCUUGCAGCAAGACUACUUUGAGGUGGACCAUCGGCCAGGUCGUGAAGGGAAACCACUGGAAUGGUAUCGCGACUUCUACGGUCCCUUUCUCAAGCGCUUCUCGGAACGUGUCUCACGGAAGUCAUCCCGCCAAUUCUGUUUCUUUGAGCCGAUACCCAACGAGUUUGUGCCCCCUUGGGUUGGCCAGGAUGGCAAGGUGGACGAAGCAGGACAGAAACAGACAUACGCGACCAAGACAAUCAUCGAUACUCCGAGACCAGAAAACCUCGUCUUUGCCCCUCAUUUCUACGACCUCAACGUACUGUUCAGCAAGCAUCACUCCUGGAUGAGCGUCAACGUACAAGGUCUCUCCAGGGGCAUGUUCAUCUUGAAAGCACUCUACUUCGGUGCCAAGGCGCUCCGCCAAAACUACCGCACGCAGCUCGCCAACAUCCUCAAGUACGGGCAAAAGUCGCUGGGAACCCACGUGCCCGCCCUCAUUGGCGAGGUCGGCAUCCCCUACGACAUUAACGGCGGUGAAGCCUUCAAGACGGGCAACUACGAUAAGCUACGGGAGCUGAUGCACGCGCUCGUCUCCGCCAUGGAGGAUAAUAACCUCGCAUUUACGCUGUGGAAUUAUAACCCUGAUAACCGUGUGGAGUACGGCGAUGGGUGGAACAAGGAGGAUUUCUCUGUCGUUAACGGCGACACUGAAGCGAAGCCGGGCCACAUUCUGCCAGACUAUGCGAAUGAAGCGCACGAGGAUGAUGAGCUGUACCGCGGCGGGAGAGUCCUGGACGUGAUCAUCCGUCCUUACGCUGUCAAAAUCGCAGGUCGUUCCGUUCGCUCGGACUGGGAUCCUCGGACCCUCCACUACGAGUUCGAGUGGACCUCAGAGGCUGAGGUUGACACCAAGAACAGGAAAGCUCAACCGGAGAAGUCGCGGACGACGGAGAUAUUUGUGCCAAAGUACCACUACGCCCAGCGCAACAUCGAUAUCAAGGUUAGCGAUGGAGAGUGGUCGUAUGAUCCUGAUCUCGCGACGCUAUACGUAAAGCAUGAUGGAAGCAAGAGCACGCAUCGCUUGACAAUCGAUAUUACGAAUAUCCCAAGGCAUCUGAUGGAGACUGUUGAGAGAAGGAGGCGGGCGUUCCCGCCUAGUUUCCCGUUGAGUCUCAUAUCGCCUAGUACGGAGCUUGCGAUUGAGGAGUUAAUGAUGCCGAUGUUGUUGCCUGGGCUCCUCGUCAUUUUGCUGGCUAUUUUGACGAUGUUUGUCUAA